AGGGUUGUGCAGGUUGCCUGUUGAAUAUUAUUACAGUAACAGAGUCCCUGUGUGUUAAUGAGGCACCUCCCUCCAGUCUGAGCACUGCAGGGCUCCGAAAUCCGGACCCAACUGUUCAGGCUUCACUGUUCCGGGGAGCGCAUAGUUGGAGGGACCGGUUGGACGACGUUUGAUUGGCGAAUGGGAGGAGCGGUGUGUCGGUGAACAGUGACCGGGGGAAGAGAGGCUCAGAGCGGCGGCGGCGGCGGCGGUGUGCUUUACUGAACAUCAAAGGAUGGGCAACACAAGCAGCGAGCGUGCAGCGCUGGAGCGCCAGGGCGGUCACAAGGCCCACCGGAGGGAUAGCACCGGCAGCGCCAUCCACACCAAAGAGCACGACCGUCCCAAGAUUUUGAUGGACAGUCCUGAAGAUGCAGACAUCUUUCAUGCUGAGGAAAUCAAAGGCCCACUGGAGAAGGAUGAGUUCCUUGCCUGGCAACAGGACCUGGAUGUGAGUGACAAAAUUUCCAAGCAGGCUCGUCCAACUGUGUUUCGAUGGAAAGGAGGCGGGAAGGAAGUCUUUAUCUCCGGAUCCUUCAAUGGUUGGACCAACAAAAUACCACUUACCAGAAGUCAGAAUAACUUUGUGGCAAUUCUGGAUCUCCCCGAGGGCGAGCAUCAGUACAAGUUCUACGUGGACGGUCAGUGGACUCAUGAUUCAUCAGAGCCUACCACCACCAGCCAGCUUGGCACAAUCAAUAACGUUAUCCAGGUGCGGCAGACUGACUUUGAGGUGUUUGAUGCAUUGAUGGUGGAUUCGCAGAAAUGUUCAGACAUGUCAGAUCUGUCGAGUUCUCCCCCUGGCCCCUAUCAUCAGGAUCCAUAUGUGUACAAACCAGAGGAGAGAAUUAAAACACCACCUAUUCUGCCGCCGCACCUGCUCCAGGUCAUCCUUAACAAGGACACGGGCAUUUCAUGUGACCCUGCACUGCUUCCAGAGCCAAACCACGUCAUGUUGAACCAUCUGUAUGCUCUGUCCAUCAAGGAUGGUGUCAUGGUACUGAGCGCCACCCAUCGCUACAAGAAGAAAUAUGUCACCACUCUCCUCUACAAGCCCAUAUGAUCUGUAAAAGUAACUUCAUUCUCCCCAUCCAAUCAGGAAGCUCCAUUUUCUUCAGCAAUCACUCGCCCUUCGUCAGUCAUUGUCCCGGACUUGCUCAGGAGGAUUUUGAUGCGAUCGAAUGGGACAGUAAUUGUGGGAGUCUGGCGAUCCUGUCUGCGUCGGCACAGCUGAUGACUUGACCUGCUUCCUGAUUCAAAAGGGAAAUCGGGAAUCAGAAGCCAGAAUAAAGUGCCUCUGACUGUCCCUCAGACUGCGCAGAGGUACCAAAAGCUAAUUCCCAGCCGCAACGUCAUUCUUUGCUGUGGCAUGUCCAUCUCCAUUCCAUUAGUGUAAGAGUUUCUUCCUGCUUUGUUGAGAGGAGAGUACUCUGUGCUCGUUUGUAACACAGGCUGGAGUUGGCGUGUGUCGGGCAGUCGCAGUGCUCCAAGAGGGUACGCUCUCCAUCCUCUCAGUGUGACGGUAUCAUUUUCCCAUCACUCUCACCAAGGAAACGCUAUCAGGGGAAAGCUGAUAAGUAAAUGGAGCUCUGAUUAGAUUGGGGAAACCCCCACAAUGAAAAUAAGGGAUCAAAAAAGCACGAAAUUUAAUGUCAUUGAAAACUAGCUGGAAUUUCAAUCUGCUUUAUGUCUGCGCCUCACCAUAAUUGUAUUCACUGACAGCUGUACUCCACAGUGAUCACUCUGCAUGCAGUUAGUAUAUAGCAAGAACUGGCCCCGUGUGUUAGAGUUACGCGAUCUCCAUCCUGUCCCUAGUGUUGCAGGGACUGUGCAGGUGCCUGCCUUGAGGUGGGGAUUCAGUGGUCUGGGAAUCUCCUGUGAUGCAGGGCGGCAGUCUCGAUUUGUCACCCUCCAUUAAUGCUAUUGUAUUUACCACAUCCUGCUGAAAUACCCCCAGUUACUGGAAGUUGCAGUAGAAUAGCAGCAGCCCUAUAUUCUUCUCUAAUUUGUGCCAAAUGCAUAUUUUAGUUCCUUUUUUCCACUCCUACACUCCCACCACUCUCUCAUUGUUGUGAGAUCUCGCCCAAGGGACCAUUCAUCAUGUUUGAGCCCAAGUAGCUGGUUGUUCCUCCCUCCCUUACAAAUCCCAGUGAUUCCAGCAGGCUUGCCCCUCUCUCCUUGUAAACACCAUUGAUUCCAGCAGGACUACCCCUCUCUUCUUGUAAACCCCAUUGAUUCCAGCAGGACUGCCCCUCUCUCCUGGUAAACACCAUUGAUUCCAGCAGGACUACCCCUCUCUCCUUGUAAACCCCAUUGAUUCCAGCAGGACUGCCCCUCUCUCCUGGUAAACACCAUUGAUUCCAGCAGGACUGCCCCUCUCUCCUUGUAAACCCCAUUGAUUCCAGCAGGACUGCCAUGCCUCCUCAUAACCCCCAUUGAUUCCAGCAGGUCUGACCCUGUUUCUCAUACAUCCUAUUGAUUCCAGCAGGCUUGAUCCAGUCUCCUCAAACACCAUUGAUUCCAGCAGACCUGACCCUGCCUCCUCAUAACCCCAUUGAUUCCAGCAGGACUGACCCUGCCUACUUGUAAACCCCAUUGAUUCCAGCAGGACUGACCCUGUCAUCUCAUACAUCCUAUUGAUUCCAGCAGGCUUGAUCCGGUCUCCUCAAACCCCAUUGAUUCCAGCAGGACUGACCAUCUUUGCAUGGGUCCCAGUGAUUCUAAAACAAAAUGACUGGCUAACAUUUCUGAUUUGAUUUUCAUAUCCCCGGAACUUCCCAACCAGUCUUCCAGCUAAUGAAGUACUUUUGAAGUGUAGUGACUGUAGUAAUGUGUGAAACAGAGGAGUUGGUUUGUACACAGCUGGAUCCCACAAGUGUCAAAGGGGUGAUGUUUUUAUGAUGUUGAUUAAAGGAUAAAAAAUUGGGCAGGGUACUGGGUGUGCUGGUGUAAAGAAGACCACUGGGAACUUUUACAUUCUCCCCAGAGAAUAGACUGGGCCAAAGGUUUUAAGGUCUAAUCCAAAAGAUGACUCAUCUGGCAGCGCAGCACUCCCUCGGUACUGACAGGUCAGAACUGAACAUGACCUCUUCAGAUACUACUAGUUGACUCCCUACCUUCCUGGUGGGAUGUAGAAAGGGAGCCAGAACCCAUGGAGGCCAGCCCUGACCCCUCACUGCUGUCUUGACUCGGACCAAAACAAGCCAGGUGCCACCUGGGUCUUCUGUCUCAUUACUGCGCUGAAUGAGGUGUAAUUGGGAGAUGUUCACUAAAAACCCUCCGGUCUGUGACCUUCUUGCCGGUUUUAUCCUGUCCUUCUGCACAUUUCUGUGCUGGAGUCCAUCCCAGUUCAGGAAACCUGCAUCCUACAUGCUACAGUGACCACACGCACCUUGGAAGGUGUGAAGAAGAACCAGGCUUGGUCAGUUGGGUGUCCACGUAUCCUGUUCCAAUAUUUUUACUAAAUAAAGAAUCUUUAGAGAUCCAGGGAAAUUGAUUUCCUUGUGACAGGCUAUGCUUUUAUCAAUUCUGUUUUUUUAUGAUAGCCAGACUUUCUCUCACAUAAGUCUCUGAAAUAUCAUGUAAAUUGAAUUUGUGUUGUCUGACAACUCAUUGUUUGAACAGUCAUGAAUGUUGUAUGAGAUUAAUCUGUAUUUGUUGCACUCUAAUGGUAGUUGUGAACUUUUCACUGGAAGCAGGUUACCAUGGAGUUCUUUAUUUGCUGGUGUUCACCCGACAAUCAAUAAAUAUCCUGAGGAGACCUUUCAGCCCAA